AUGGUCGUUUCUGGAGUACCGGAGGAGAAUGGGCAUCGGCACAUAAAUGAAAUCGCUGGCAUAGCUAUAGACGUUCACAAGUAUCUGACUGAGUUCAGUGUUCCGCAUAAGCCUGAUCAGAGGGUGGUCUGCCGUCUCGGAUUCCACACA